AUGACUGCCACCGGUCGCUAUGGUUCCGACCCUAAUAAUCACCCUGACCAGAAAGAAUUGUCCAACAUCAUGCGCAACCUAAAGUCCAGCUCUGACGGCACCGCCGCCUUUGUCAUGGGUACAGAUGGUGUCCUCCGAACUCUGACCAUUGACUACGACGUGAUAGACGCCAUCGGUCUUCCACCUCGAUUGAUUAAAGCUUUUCUCGAUCGGGACGUAUUUAAUCAGAAUAUAGAAGAUAUGUUUCGCGGAGCGGAUGGAACGAAAGUGACCCAGGAGCAGUGGUGGAGGCCAGAUCCAUCGUUAUUGCCACCACCGCUGACGGCGGAGCAGAAAGCAUGGAUUAAGAAGACCAAUGAGGAGAACAAGGAAAUCAUUCAGGAGAAUAUCAGAAAAAUGGAAAGCGGUGAGCUGAAGCCAUGUGGGGUUGUUAUUCGACGCACCUGCUUCAACUGCAUGCUGACAACGGCGUUGAGCGGUGUCCUUCACAUGAACCGUUUUCGAUUUUGA